GUUGGAGGCGGAGGAGGAGCAGAGGAAGGGGGCUGUUUAUAUACAGCAGCAACAGCAGCAGUUGCAGCAACAAAUACAGCAACAAAUGCAGCAACAAAUGCAGCAAUUGCAGAUUAUGCCGGAGACGCCGCCGCCGGUACCUCCGAGGCCGCAGAGCAAUAUAUACUUCUCGCCUCCGCCUCCGCCGCCGCGGCCGGCUCAAACCUCCGGCGGCGCAAGUCCGGUUCCGCCGCCUCGUCCGGGGAUCAUUCACGGCGCCGGACAGGCCAGCGAUUCGUCGUUGCCGCAGGCUUUUAGUCCACCGGAGCCGGCCGCGUACUAUUCGCCGCCCAAGGGCCAGAGCCAGGUUGGGUUGCAGCGGGGUGUUGGCUCGUCGAAUCCGUUCAUGGAGGAGGCUGUUACGCAAAGUUAUCAGGCUCCUUUUGCGACUUCGCCAAUAACUCAGCGGGAUUCCCCAUAUCCCUCUACUGUUGGCUCCUCGAAUCCGUUCCAGGAGCCGAUCCAGCAGAGUUAUCUGUCUCCGCCGACCCAACAGCUGACUCCCCAGUCUGUUUCUCAGGGGACCUCCUUGCCUCCUCUUGGGUCGCCUCAACAGCUUCAGAGCCAACAGAGUUUCUCUCCUUCUGUGACACAGCCGGUUCAUUCUCUGCCUGCUCAGUCUCCUCAACAGGGCGUCCCUCCUCCUCCCCCUCCGGUAUAUCCGGUUCAGGAACAGACUACGCAGCAGGGCUACCGACAUCCUCCAACCCAACAGCCAACGGCUCAGUCUACUCCGCGAGAGGACUUCCCUCUCCCUCCUCCUCCCCCUCCGGUAAACCAGUACCAGGAAAAACCUCAGCAGAACUACCCGCCACAACAACCCGACCAGUUUCAGCAACAAGCCGCCCAACAGAGCUAUAUGCCACAUCAAACACAGCCUUCUCCACCCACGAAUCCUUUGGUAGUUGAGGCAGCUUGGACUCAACAGCCUACAGUCCAGUCUCCAACUCAACCAAAAAUUUCACCUCCCUCAGCGCAGCCAUCUUCUGAAGUACAUUCGAGGAAUCCGAGCAUCACAGCCCAACCGUCCCCACCCCCUCGUCCUUCAAGAACGCCGGAACCUCCCCAGCCCCAUCCCUCAGGUCUAAAGCCGCUCACUGAAUGCCUUGUUGACCCUGCCACAUACGACCUGGAUUGGCUCUACCACCCAGAUGUCCCGUCGUUCGUCAUCUGUGCUCGAUGCUAUAUCGAUCACAUCUACGGCACUCAAUUCCGGGAUACUUUCGCUAGGACAUUUCAUAACGAUAAGAAGCCUCGGAAAUGCAUGUUCGGAACGCAACGCGUGAAGGACCAGCUCUGGCCGGACGCCGUACCAUCUGGAAAUAUCGCACCAAUGCUCGAAUUCAUGAAGAAGAGAGUGCUCAUUGGCGAGUGCCCACAAUCUGUCAUGAUAGAGGGCGGAAACUGGUAUAUAACGGACGAGAUUCCCGGGAUGACCAUGUGCCAAGCAUGCUACGAAGAUGCUUUAAUGGGUACAUCGUUUGGAGAACACUUCAAACUCAAAACCAUCGCCACCCAGUGCUAUUGCGACUCAUCAACUUGGUACAUCAAGCGUCUGUUUGAAGACCACGCCAAGACCAACAACUGGACGGCCUUUUCCGAGGGAGCCAAGACACGGAUUCAACUCCCCAGCUGUCCCAAACAAGCAAAUGCCAAGGCAAAUGAACGUGCAUGGUUCAAGUCUCAGCGCGAGCCAACUGCCAUUCAGGUGUGCGUUGCGUGUUAUUACGACUACUUCUAUGGUACGACGGAUGAGAAUACGUUUGUGCGUGUCCCCGGAGGGGAUCAUGAGACGCGGUGCGUCUUGGGGCAGCUCAAUCUUGUAAUUCCAACACAACAAUCCCUUGCGAAGAAGGACCCGGGGAUUUUCUGGACUGCCACCAAAGGCGUCGACAGACAGCCGUUGUGCGAUGGCACAGGGACCACCCGGGCUACUUGGUACACGCUUCCCAGUGACCCUACUGGGUUUGGUGUAUGCGGAGGUUGCUAUGCUGGAAUCAUCCAGGUGCUAGGCGGAACGAAAGAGUUUGUGCCCAAGCCGGGAACUUCAAAGGCAGAUACACUACUGUGCUGUUUCAACCCGUCCCAUCAUCGUGGCCUGGCGUAUUUAGGUGCAUACUCGGAGUCUCUCCUCAGGGGCGACUGGGCACCGCUCCGCGACAUGGCCACCAAGUUUGGCAACGUGCCGCCCUGUCAGAGAAGCCAGAAGAAGCAAGGCCGUGGUCGUCGGGUCUGGGGAUGGGGCGCCGCAGCCAUCUGCGAGGAGUGCUAUCUCACCGUCGCGCAGGGCACCAGCCUGGAGAGCCAGUUCGCGGUCCACGGGCAGCGUGAUGCCAGCGAUAGAGACCGCAUGUGCGAUCUCUACUCGCCGCGGAUGCGGAGCCUAUACGCGCAGGCGUGCGAAACGGGCGACCUCGCGGGCUUCCUGGCGUACGGCGAGCAUCGCCACCAAGUCUGGUGCGAGACCAUUGGCGUGGCCGAGCAGAUGCUGAUCCAGCAGCGGAUUGCAUCGAUGCGGGCCCAGCAGCUCGCCGCGUCGGGGAGUCUGUAUAAGUUCAUGGGCGGCUCGAUGGACGUAACCAUGGGACACCGCUACACGGUGGGCAAUGCGUACGCUGGGUACGGGCACGCCAAUGAUUUUGUGCUUCAGGGGCAUGUUUAUGAUAGACAGGCGAGUGAGUUGCGGGCGAGUGUGAUGAACCCGUCGAAUGUGGUGCAGAUUGGCAUUUUGGAGCAGAGAUGGAGGGAGGUUGAGUGAUACCAUCUGUAUAGGUACAUAUUGUAUAUGCGUA